GAGGGGAGGCUCCUUUUUGGGGGCUGUCUCACAUCUGCAGUUGUUCUUACGCAACCCUGGCUGUAGUGAGACCCUACACUAUAAAAAACCCUGUCUGGAGAGGCAAAGCACCUUUUGAAGCACCUCAGCCCUUUUUUUGGACAAGGUAUGUACUGCAUAGAAAGGGAUAGUAGGUUUUACAUGUACUCCGCUUGGGGUUUUGUGGCAGAUCUUUAUUUUAAUGUAAUUAUUACUAUAAAUUACUUUUUAAAAUCACUUUUUAUAUUUUGGAUUAGUUUGCACCCUUUUUAGAGUGAAGCUGUAAUGGAGUGGGAUAUGGCUUUUCUAUUGACCUGAUGGGAUGUACUGGUGGUAAUGUAGUGAUAUUUUCUCAUGACUGUGGGCUCUGUCUUCCACAGAUACAUCAACAAGGCAACAUGCUGAGGAUCUGUGUGGCCCUUUGUGUCCUGGCGACAUGCUGGGCACAGGACUGUCAAGUUUCAAACAUUCAGGUCAUGCAGAACUUCGAUAGGAGCAGGGUAAGAACACAAUUCUAAUUUCAGAGUGGCGCGGUGGUCUAAGGCACUGCAUCGCAGUGCUAGCUGUGCCACUAAAGAUCCUGGAUCGAGUCCAGGCUCUGUUGCAGCCGGCUGCGACCGGGAGACCCAUGGGGUGGCGCACAAUUGGCCCAGCGCCGUCCAGGGUAGGGGAGGAUUUGGCCGGCAGGGAUGUUCUUGUCCCAUCGCACACUAGCGACUCCUGGCUGGCUUCCGGGUUAAGUGGGCACUAUGUCAAGAAGCAGUGCGGUUCGGUUGGGUUUUGUUUCGGAGGACGCACGACUCUCGACCCUCGCCUCUCCCGUAUCCGUACAGGAGUUGCAGCGAUGGGACAAGACUGUAUCUACCAAUUGGAUACCAUGAAAUUGGGGAGAAAAAUUGGGUAAAAUACCCCCCAAAAAUUAUAAUUUCAGAAACGUAACUUUUCAUAAAGUAUCUCUGCUCUUGUCCCAUUUGAUCUAUCAGCCUUGGAAUGUUAAAUUUUGUAGAAUGGAACUGGAAUGUCAUUGUAUGGUAUGCAGGGAUUGAUAGAGCUCUCAUUUCAUCUUGAAGUAUACUGGUAGGUGGUAUGCUGUGGCCAAGAAGGAUCCUGUUGGUCUGUUCCUCCUGGACAAUGUCAUUACGCAGUUCUCAGUAGAUGAAAGUGGCAAAAUGACUGCAACUGCCCACGGCAGAGUUAUCAUCCUGAAGUAAGUUCUGUUUACUUCCAAAUGAUCCAAAUUGUUUAUCAAACCUCAUAAACUUCAUUAUGCAUUUACUUCCACUGAACUUAGUCAUUUGUCCUCCACUUUUCCUCCCUUUAGCAACUGGGAAAUGUGUGCCAACAUGUUCGCCACCUUCGAGGACACUCCAGACCCUGCCAAGUUCAAGAUGAGAUACUGGGGCGCUGCUUCAUACCUCCAAUCUGGAAGUAAGAAAGACUAAAAUCUCCUAUUGUUGUGCAGAAUAUUCCAUUGAGUUGCUCCAACACACGUUGAUGAUAAUAACUUAACUCUUCCUCAUUUGUACAUAAUAGCAUGCCAUUGAUGAAGCUGCCUGCUGUCAAAGCCUACUGUUAAACCAUUUCUAUGAUUCUGUCUCCUUUCUCCUCCACAUAGACGACGACCACUGGGUCAUUGACACCGAUUACGACAAUUAUGCCAUCCACUACUCCUGCAGAGAGGUUGACCUGGACGGCACCUGCCUGGAUGGAUACUCCUUCAUCUUCUCCCGUCACCCCACCGGCCUGAGGCCCGAGGACCAGAAGAUUGUCACAAACAAGAAAAAGGAGAUCUGCUUACUCGGCAAAUACAGACGUGUUGGACACACUGGUAAGAGUUGUAGUAACUCAAUUUAGAAAUGAAAAGUAAUACUUUCUAAAGAAACAAUUGUGCAACAAGUGAUUGUGCAACUUUUGGUCUAACUUUUGGAAGCUAGUGUGUAUGAUGAACUAUUAUGGAAUCCAAAUAUCAGUUAAAAGUUCAUUAUAUGCAGUAUUUGUAAACAUGUUUUAUUCCUCCAUUGCAGGUUUCUGUGAAAGCAGUUGAUCUUUAACUACUCAGAGGGAUAUCUUAGGACUAGAAUUCCACAAGAAUGUAAAUAAAACCAUGUUCAACAACAACAACAAAAACAAACCAACCGUCACUGGCCAGCCCCUUCUAGCAGUUGGGGAACUUUGCUGUUACCAAAGAGGACGCCAAUCAACCAAAGCAAAUGAUGUGUAUCUGAAUGUACAAGGGUAUGGGAUACUUUACUAAUUGUCAUUGUAUGAUGUAGUCUUGAACCACUUUUUAAAAUAAAAAAAUUCACAUAUCAAAUCAAAUCAAAUCAAAUGUUAUUUGUCACAUACACGUGUUUAG